ACCCUAAUUUAAAUUGAAUAGCUGAUAUGGAAACUAAACUUCAAAACAAAUGCUGAGUUAGGAAAAAAUAAAGAUUCCUUAAACAUAAGAGACCUCCUUAAAUUAGUAAAAUGAUAAAUUUUAAAAACUAAAAAGACUAAUAUACCCUUACUUCUUCUUCAUCCUGUACUUUCUUCCCCAUCUCUCAUCGUUGACUCAGAUCCAUUAAGGCACCAAUCAGGCAACUUAACUUAAUCGACUGAAGCUACGAAAUGACGUCGUACAGAGCAGCCGACGAUUACGAUUGCCUAUUCAAGGUGGUGCUGAUUGGUGAUUCAGGUGUGGGCGAAUCCAAUUUGUUAUCUCGAUUUACCAAGGACGAGUUCAGUCUUGAAUCCAAAUCCACUACUGGAGUCAAAUUCGCCACAUAGAGCAUCCGGGUUGAUGAUAAGAUUGUCUAUGUUCAUACUCCAAUUUGCUCCUCCUUUUCUCCCAUCUAGGUUCAUACUCCCAAAUCUGGGUUCUCUGCCUCAUAAGAACACAUAUUAUUCAGGGAUCCUCGACCACCAUGAUAGGAAUUUUUGGGUUCUUCAAUCUUAGUCUAGGUUGUUUAGCUACGGUGCAUAUUUGGGUUGUUUAGCUACGGUUCAAAUCUGGGUUUUUGGUUUGUCUCCAAUGUUGAUGGAUUUCAGGGUAUUUUUGCUACAUCAGAAUAUAGGUUUUUUUUUUCUUUUUUCUUUUUUUUUUUUUUUGGUGGUAAGAGGGUUUGAUUUGGGGAAAAAUUAUGUUUGUUAAUCAGAAUUUCCUCUAAGGAAAGUGUAUGAUUUUUGUUACUAUCAUGUUGUAGUCUUACUACAAACCCUGAGACUUUCGCCGGAGCCUCCCCCGGAGAUGAGGCAUUCUGCGUCAGAGAAGUUGAGUUGCAGGCAGAGGAGAAGUCCAGUUGUAGGCGCUGGUUGUUUUCUUUUUUAUUUUUUAUUAAUUAAGCUUUUAAUUGUUAGUUGCUUGUUUAGUGUAAGUUUAAUUAGAGUUAAAUAUAAUUAAUAAAUUGCUUUAAUUUAU